GAAAACCAACAUGGAGUUGAUCAGCCACAGCCGUGACUAAAAUCACCGAAAUUUGGAGCCUAGACUGCUUCGGACAAUACUCGACUCAAUUUUCCGUAUGAAAUGACAGACUAUGUCUGAGUCAUCAAGAAGUGCACCCUUCAAAGCAAGCUGGCUAUAUGGGCACGCUGACUUGAACAGCAGUACAAAAUCAUCCGGCGACAUGACAGACAUCACGGAUGAACGCGGGUUUACCGACAGAAAGGAUUCUUCACAACGGCUGAGCGUUACGUACGCAAAUCCACCCAGCGUCAUCGUGGAAGAAAAAGACACGAAGGAGGGCAGAGUUGGGUGUUAUGCUAUUUCUAAAGAGUAUAUGAACAAUACCACUGCACAUGGCAUACCUCGUGUUAUACAGUCAAAGUCGACAUGUGGUCGUAUCAUGUGGAGUCUGAUAUGUGUAUGUGCCCUGACGGCAUUUCUUGUACAGUCGUCGCUCUUGAUUAUACAGUAUCUAGAAUAUCAAGUCAAUAACAAGGUAAUAAAACAUACGUGGCUUCUUAAUUCACAAAUCAUUUAAUUAAAACUUGUAUGAAUAAUUAACAUCACCAUCGCAAGGAGCAUAUAGUUGGUAUUGCGAAAACACAUCAGUGGAG